AUGUCCCUCGAACCCAACAACCCCGAAAAGGUAAACCGCAUCCUCGACCGCGACCCCAACGUAACAAUCUUCCUGCGCCCCAUCGCCGCCCCCGCCGCCCUCGGCCUAGCAGGCUUCGCCGGCUCAACCUGGAUCACCGCAACCUGGAUCGCGAACUGGUGGGGGUCCCCCGAGUCCCCGACGAUCUUCUUUCCCUUCGUUGCGUUCUGGGGCGGCCUGGGCCAGUUCAUCGCGGGGCUGUAUGGGUACGGGGCUAGGGAUACGCUGAUCACGGUGAUCCAUGUGCUGUGGGGGAGUUUCUGGAUGAGUAUCGGGGUGCUUUAUUUGCUUGUUGCAACCGGCGCCCUCCCCCCGCACCCGAUAGACGAGCACUUCCCCGAGCUGGCGUCGUGGUUCAUCGUGCUAACCUUCUUCACCUGGUCUGCUGCCAUCGCCUCCACAGCCCGCGACCUCGUCCUCUGCGGUGUGCUCACCUCCCUCGCAAUCGGCUCCACAAUCGCCUGCUGCCUCUUCGCGUACGGAACCGGCGUCGGCACCGGCAUGAAGGCCGCCGCGUACUUCUGGAUCAUCAGCUCGAUCUUGGCGUGGUGGCGCGUGACUGUGUAUCUCGUCGAAGAGGCGUUUGGGCAGCAUGCCCUGCUGAAGUUCUUCCCUAUCUUUAGGACGCGGAUUGAGGGGAGGCGGCCGUUGUUGGCGCCCGGCUUUGGGGAGCCCGGUGUUAAGAGGGGGAUGCCGGGGCUUACAAUUAAUGGAGGAACGGAUGGUGUAGCCGCUGCCAGGCAAAAAAGUGGAGUCGAAGAUAGGGAUGUCCUCUCUAAGAUUCUUGCCCGGCUGGACCGGCUGGAGAGACAUUGCCAGCUGAGCUAUGAUCGCGUGGACGAAGCCGAGUUGGAUCAAGACGAGGAGAUGGACCUUGAAGAGGAAAGGGAAGAUGAAACCAUGGAUAUGGAUGCGUCCGUCUCAUCUCUCAGGUCUGAUCUGCGUGUUCUCAUCGACACUCGCUCGACAAUGCUGGACUAUGCUCCUACGUAUCCUCCGGCCGGACCUACGACAGCACGGGAGGCGUGGGAGAGACUGAAGAACCCAGAUACCCGACCACGGCUAAUUUCCGAUACAUUCUCCCAUAUGCGGGGCAUCGAAGGGGCGCUUUUCAAGAGUCAAGCCUGCAUCGACGCGAUCGAGGCCGUCGUCGAUCAUGUCGAUUUUGAACCGGUGACUGGAAGUGCAAGUGCAAGCCAGGACCCCAGUCCGUCCCCGAUACCGGUACCCAUGUCCAGAAAAACCGCUCGCCAGUGCAUAGAAACAUAUUUCGCCCAGUACCAAUUCCCGGGCUUCCGCGUCCCCCUGGAGAAAUCCUUCCUCCUCUCCAUCCCGGAGCUGCUCGAGAUCCCGCACGUUCAGCUUGAUUAUCCGUCGCGGAUCAUCUACUACACGGUCCUGCUGCAUGGGCUUCUUGUGGGGAUGACCGAUGGCAAUAUAUCUGGUGUGACAACCGCAGAUACUGAAGCGCUCACAAAGCAGAUAACGGCCCUGUGCAUCGAUCUUGCAGAGCGCUGGAUGGAAGCGUGUAAGAUGGAGGAUAGUAUCACGCCAUCUCAGGCGGAUUUGUCGGCAGCGUGCUUUACGGUGUCAACGGCCCUCGAAACAGGCAACAUCGAUCUUUCCUGGAAGAUGCUCGCGCACGCCUGCCGCGUUUCUAGAGCACUGGGGUAUUUCCGGAUCGACGGGCCAGCACCAUACCCCUCUACAUCCGCAACGGAUGCAGACGCCCUCGAGCGAAACCGCAAACGCUUCGAGUUCUGGCAUCUCCUGCGCAUGGACUGCAUGUUCCGCUUGUCCUUGGGCACACGGGCUCUCAUCCGGAAUGGCGAGUGGGCUGUGAACUUUCCGGAUAGUCCGGGGAUUGUUCCUUCCCAGGCACAUCGUACGGAUGCAGACAGAGAGGGAACGGAGACUGAGGAGAAGGGCACCCACGUAGUUGAGAUCCACUUUCUCGCUAGUAUGCGCGUGGCACUUGUGAUGCUGCGGUACUUGGACGUUGUCGAUCCGUCUGGGUCUGGAACUGCGUUACCGGUAGAAGGCAUUGAUCGGGAGUUGGCCAGUGCCCUUAUUACUGAGGUUGAGGCUGCGUUGGCGCUUUGGAGGCCGGAUGAGCUCCUCUCCAGCAAAACCACGCACAUCGACUCGUGGCUCUCGGUGGAUAUGCUGCUUGGGUGCUACAAGAUGCUUAUCAUACUCGACCAGGCGAGGCAACGGGGCGGGCACCAGGAUGAUGAAAUUGGAAAUUGUGGAAGGCUAUCCGCGUACACUGUCGACACUGCCCGACGGUCUCUGAAGACAUUUCGAUCGUUCAUGUACGCGGGGAGAUACGAGUAUGCGCGUUGGGGCGUUAGUCUAGUUAUGCUCCACCAGUUCGCCCCUCUGCUUAUACUGUGCAUUGAGAUGAUCAACAGUAACGGCAACACCACCCCCAAAAGCGCAGAUGACUCAACCAAACACGAAGAAGACCAUGCAUUACUCCACUGGGUCGGAACAUUCGUUCAUAAAACUGCUGAACGGCGAGACGAGCUGAGACAUGUUACCACCAUGAUGCGGACGAUGGUACUAGCGUGUCAAGAGAAAGGACUAGGACCCCAACUACCAGGCACCCUAGAAUAA